AUGGGAUCCGCCUGGAUGUGGCUCCUUCAUGACUGGGGUACCUGGGCGCUGGGUUUGAUUGGCACCAUUCUUACCCAUGUGAUAGUGAGACGAUAUUGCACUUCGAUCCGAGAUAUCCCUGGUCCAAUGUUGGCAUCGUUUUCAAACCUCUGGCAAGUCUUGCACAUACUGAAAGGUCAUACCGAAGUGGAGACACUCAAGCUGCAUCAAAAACACGGAUACUUUGUUCGCAUUGGAUCAAACGAAGUUAGCGUUUCUCAUCCUGAUGCCAUCCGAAAACUGCUUUAUGCCCAAAUCGCCAAGGGCCCAUGGUAUUCUAUCAUGAGUAUACCGGACUAUCGCUAUGUCAACCAAAUGUCAGAGCUGGACCCACAGCAACAUAUCAGGAAACAGCGAAACAUUUCGUCGGGCUAUGCGCUUUCCAAUAUCGUGCAGCAUGAACCCCAUUUUGACGCUGUGCUCCAGCUCCUCACGAUCCGCUUGGACGAGUUUUGCCAGUCCUGCCGUCCAGUUGAGUUAGACCGGUGGUUUACCUUUUUUGCUUUUGACGCCAUCGGUGAAGUCAUCUUCUCCAAAUCAUUCGGCUUCCUCGAACAAGGUCAGGAUGUUCGCAGCGCCAUUGCAAAUCAGAGGCUCCUCGCGCCCUACGUCGCGAUCAUGGGCCAUUACGCGUGGCUCCACAAUUUAACGCUAGGAAACCCACUUCUUAGCCGACUGGGGAUCCAGCCAUCGUCUCACAUUUUCGACACAUGUAUUGCGGCUAUCGAUGCGCGGAAGCAAAAUCCUGCCAAGCGACAUGACAUGAUGCAGAAAUGGCUGGAUACCCAUGCGAAGUAUCCCGAUCGCAUGGAGGAAGUUGAGAUCUUUUCUACAGCAGUUGGAACUCUUGGUGCGGGCGGCGAUACUGUGAGCGCCACGAUCCAAGCGCUCUUCUAUUUGUUGAUUAGGCAUCCUCAGUAUAUGGUUCGCCUGCAGACCGAGCUCGAUGGGGCUGAGGCACGCGGGGAGCUCUCGCCAAUAGUUCAGUAUGCGGAAGCGCAGAGACUGCCCUUCCUCCAAGCUUGUAUGAAAGAAACAUAUCGUUUCCAUACUGCCGUUGGUCUUGCUCUCCCACGUGUUGCACCUCCUGAAGGAAUUACUAUUGCUGGCAGAGUCUUGCUCUUACCCCUUAAUUCAAUGAUCGUUUCCUUCCCUCUCUUCUGCUUGAACUUUCUCUCUUGCAAAUUCUUCAAAAACCCCUACUUGUAUCUUACCAUGACAAUGUCGAGAAGAACUCCCCGCAGGCUGCUCCCUGCAAAAGAAGAGACCGACACGCAAUGUCGCGUCCAUAACCUGCCAAGAGAAAAGAGGCGGAAUGUCUCUAUUGCCUGCACGAGCUGCAGACAAAAGAAGACCAAAUGCUCAGGUAUGAUUUCAUACCUUCAAUGCACGACAAAUGGGACGCAGUGUAUAUACGAUGCAAAGAGUGACCGCAGAUGUAAAGCAAACACCACUGAACUUCUGGUGUCUCGUGCCGCUCUCUGCCAAUUUGUUGCUAAGAUCCGCCAUGGAGUCUUUAUAGAAGUCUUAAAUUUGAUGAGAGAGAUCCGAAAGCAACCAACGGAUCAACAAGCAGUUGAAUACCUCGUUCAGGUCCUCAACAAGUAG